UUGCAACAACCGCUGUUCGUGCAUACCUCUGUCUUUCUCCCCGAUCCUUCGCCAACGACGACGACGACAAGACUACGAUCCGAACGACAACAGCGAGUCUUUUGCGCGCGCAUCAUACGAUUUACCAGGCGACGGACGGCCUUUGUCGACUCUACCAUAUAGCUACGCCGAACCUCUAAACUACUGUUGCAAAGACCGGACCGCAGGCUAGCUGUCGCAGCUCUUCUUCUCUUCGGAAAUGUUCCGGGGAUGGCGACGCAGGUGUUGAUAGCCCAUACGGGCCAGCGCCUGGGGAUGGACACGACACAGUUUUCUGCGCUCGAUGACCUCAAAGCCUGGAUCGCAAGGCAGACGUCGAUUCCGGCGCACCAGGUUGUUGCUUUAACUGCCCAAGGUCGGAGUGUCAAGCUGCAGACUCUUCACCAGGAGACAGAGAUCUACAUUUACGACAUUCGAAUAUCGCAACCGAACUCCCCCAACGCCGCCUCGUCCCCAAAGUCCGAGCUCCCACUUCCGAAGCGCUACGCUGUCCCGAACGCCCCCAACUACAUCGGCAAUAUUCGUGUUCUAUCAGAAUGGCAGGCACUCUACAAGGAACGCCAGGCAUGGGCCCGUGGCAUCGUCGACGACUCGGCACGUAUGGCGGCCGAGAUUCAGGAGCGGUAUAGCGAAAUGGACGUCAUGGUCAAAUGCCUCGAUGCGGCCGUCGCCAAUCUGGAGAUUAGUGUGAAACAGAUUGAGCCUAAGUACGCCGAGCUGAAGAAAUGGGUAGAGCCUGCGCUGGGCGAGUACGAGCAGCUCGCCGAGAACUGGGAGAACUACCUCACUGUGGCACGCAGUGUGCCCAUCUCUGCUGCCAUGGUGCGCUUCAUGACCUCCAGGGACCUCAAGAAGAAACCGACCACGCUGGAAGACCUGAUUGACAACGACACUGCAAAGAAGUCCGGACGGCUGGCGCCGACGUCCUUGAAGAAGUUCACGACCAAGGCAACGGAUCUGGAGAAGGCUGCGAACAAGAUGUAUGGCGGACUUGAGCAGCUGAUAGGAGACUUUGACAACCUCGUUGGUCGUUCAGCGCUGUCGCAUAGUGGCGAGGCGCAGGAGCUGCUCCAGGAUGUCGAAGCCGUGGCCAAGAAGAUAGAUACUGAUUACCACAUCGUCUUGGAGUACCAGGAUACGCAGCCCAACGUCCUUCAAGCCUCGCGGACGGCGGAGAACCACACGUCACGCCUCAUUCCAAGCUUGAAGAAACGUUCCGUGGAGAUGGAUGAUAUGCUGCUGUACGUCACGCAGGCGCGGAACACGAUAUCGGCCGAUUCAACUAGUUUUAUGCGCAACAUCACCGAGAUCACCACAUUACACAGCAGCGUUAAAAAUCAGAUUAAUGUCUUGAACCAAGCCGAGGACGACAUGACGACUUUUGACUACCUGCGUCUCAUCCACCAGCUCCCGUACAUGUACGCCUCUUUCGUCUCCGAAGCCGUUCGUCGCCGAGAGUGGUCCGACAAGAUCAAGACGGAUUCGUCGACACUAGCCAACGAGAUGGCGCUGUUCCAGGAUGAAGAGUCAAAGAGACGGAGGAAGUGGCACAAGAUGGUCGGCAGCAUGUACGGAUCGGACAAGACCGAAGCAAACGUACUUGGGCUCGAGGUCAACUUGCUCGGCGAAGAGGAAAUCUGGCCCAGCAUGGUCAAGCGCGAUCUGGAGGAGUUCCUGGAGCACCUUCAGAAGCAACAAGCCGAAGUGGAUAUCAUCGAGGAUGUGAUGAAGCUUGUGAAUGAGUUGAGCAGCCCCACGAAGCAACAGUCGAAGAGGUUGAAGGCCUUCAAGAAUGGUAGUGUCCAUGAAGCCGCCCUUGGACGGAGUGGCUUGAUGAUCCGUGGAGACGACGAGUUACUGCGCAGCCUCCAAGACGACAAGUCGAAGCUCGAGAAUAAGCUCAAGACGGCGGAGAGCCGUGUGCGAAGAUUGGAGGACUUGCUUCAUAGGCAAAGCGCGGCAUCUCGGCCCGGUAUCGGUGGCUUGUUCGGACACGAGAGGAAUGGGUCGACCAACUCGAUCAAGUCGACAGCGACUGUAGAAGACCAUCGCCGCUCUACAGGAAACUCAGAAGCGCUUAUGCAAAGGAUACAGCAGCUCGAAGGUGAACUGAAUACUCGUCGAGCAUCUGAUCAAUCAGAGGCUCUAGCGAAGAGAGUGCAGCAAUUGGAGAGCGAGUUGGAGAAGCGUCAAGCAUCCGACGAUACCGAGAUCCAGCAAAGGAUACAGCAUCUCGAAAGCGAGCUCAAUGCCGAGAAGGAGAAAUCGGCGGCGUUCGAAAAGGACCUCAGCGUCCGGGCUACCGCGCACGACGACGUCAAGGACCGGAUGGAGGAGGCCAACUCUACAAAGAAGGAGCUUCUCGAGAACAUGGAGGCCCUGCAGCGGGAAUUUGGACUCAAGGCCCGCAUCGAAGACACUGAAGAUGAGAUUGAGAACUUUGGCGAGUCGAGAGAAAACGAGAAGGCUACCUACAUUGAGCGAAUGCAUGAGCUGGAGGCCGAGGCCCAGGGCCAAAACGAGUCUCUCGACAAGCAACUGCAGACCGCCAAUGAUGAUGCGAAGAAACUGGCCAAGGUUCUGGGCGCGCUCCGUGAUGACCUCAACGAUCUCAUUGACGCACUCAUUUACCGGGCUACCGAUGUCGCCGCCAACAUGAAGACUUUGGACAGCGAUCGAUCGAUUCUCAAGGCCGAUCUGGAACAAGCUGAUGAGCAGAUCAAGAACCUGAAGGCCGCGAUAUCCGAAACGAAGAGCAAGCUCGCUACCGAAGAGGACAAGUCUCGGCACCUGAAGGAAAAUCUGGACGGAGAAAAGGCACGUCUUGAUCAGCUUCGUGCUAAGAUUGCCGAUGGCGAGACGGGCUCGGAGGGACGAAUCAGUUCUAUCACCGAGGAGCUUGCCUCGAGGCAAUCCCAAGUCGGUAGUCUCGAGGAGGAGUUGCGACUCUACAAGGAGAAGAUGGAGAAGUCUCAGUCCAAGCUUUCGGCUGAUCUGACGCAGCGUCUUUACUCUCAGAACGACAGGCUAUGCCGUCUUUUGGAGCGAUUGGGCUUCUCCAAGGUUCCGAGUCAGUCUACGAUUCGCCGCUCUGGCAUGCUCGCCAGUCGCACUCUGGCCGAUAGCACCGACCUGGGGUUGUUGUACUGGAUGAACAGCAAUGAUGCCGAUGCAGAGACCGAGAAAUAUGAGGCUUUCAUGACACGGCUGGGCACCUUCGAUAUGGAUCUGUUUGCUGAGACGGUCUACAAGCGCGUCAAGGACGUCGAGCACCUUGCCCGGAAACUCCAGCGAGACGCGCGCGCGUACAGGGAGAAGGCGCACACCCUUCAGCGGGACUCACAUGAGAAGAUUGCCUUUAAGCACUUCAAAGAGGGCGACCUCGCUUUGUUCCUGCCCACCCGAAACCAGACGGCUGGCGCAUGGGCUGCUUUCAACACUGAUGCCCAUCGUCUGCGAUCCCGCGAGUGGCUCGUGGCUCGCAUUACAAGGGUACAGGAGCGCGUCGUGGAUCUCUCAAAGAGCAUGCACAAACAACUCCCCGAUACCGACUCGCUUUCCGAUGGCCUGCGGUGGUACCUAAUUGACGCGCACGAGGACAAGCCCGGCGCGCCAGCCACGCCUGGCCUGGGCAAGUCCACGAUCGCGACGAACAAUACGAAUGGCAAGGACAAGCAGCGUGCCAACACCCACAGCAUCGAAGGUAGCCGCCGGAGCAGCUCCAACUCGAAACGGGCUCUUCCCUUUGCCGGUAACGCGUUGGGCAGCGAGACGAACUCUCUUCGCGCAGUCGCACUGGACACGCCGACCGAGACGAGCCAUCCCGAGGAUGGACAGUUGGGACCAUCGACGAACGGACACGAGCAGUCGGGACACGGUCAGGCCGAUAGACCCAGGUCGCCCGAGGUACGAAAUAUGAUCGAUUCUCUCGUUGGCCCCUAG